UCUUGGCGGCUAAAUGCGAAUGUAAACAUUGAGCGGAGAAACAUGGAGGAGGAGAAGCGGAGCUCCGCGACAGAGCCCAGUUUAUCUGACUCUGGUCGGGCUAGUGAGGGUGCUAAUGUCUCGGCACAAGCAGCUGUCCGCGAAAACGACUCGGUUAAAUCCGGUGAAGCCGAACCGCGGCGGAGCAGACUCAAAGUCUUCAACAAAGUGAUGGAGAAAAGCCUCCAGCGGCUGGUGGCGGAUUCGAGUUUCAGCAGGUUUGCACACUCUUUCCGUCCUCUGUGCAAGCAGAACCCCCAGAUGGCUGAGGUCAUCCACAAACAGUUCAUCAGUGACCUACAGAAAGCCAUACAGGAAGACAUAAGCAAUGUGAUAGAUGAGGGGAACCUGGAGAUGAAGUUGGAGGAAUUGGACAAACUGGAGGAGCUGGCUAAAGACACAACUGCGCUGGCCUGGCGGCCCAGUGGCGUUCCUGAAAAGGAUGUGUGUAGUGUGUUGAUACCGUAUCAUCAGGGGCAGGAAGAGUACAUGAACAGAGAGCUGAAAAAACUGCAGAAAGAGAACGCAGCCCUGGCUGAAAAAGUGCUGGCCGGCCGAGAGGCUAUUGCACACACAGAGCAGCGCAUCACGGCAGCAGUGGACGAGUGGAAGGCAUCUGUUGCUGAUUUGGAAUCGUUCGUCCUGUCACUGUGUCCGUCUGAAAAUUUUGAGUCUCUUUGAUCUCCUGUGGACUAAAGCAACUUUUAAAUAGUUAAACCUUCUAUUUUAUUUUUUUUAUAUAAUUUUCUUUCUGUUUUAUACUGUUAGCUGUUAUGUUUUCAAUUAAAUAUUCCCUUGCUGUUUGUCACUGUA